AUGGAGAUUCUCAAAAAGACGGCGGCGCUUCGCGUUCAGAAGCAGGUGGGCGAGCUUCAGCCAACGGAGGUCACCGAUAUCGCCCUCAGUGGGGUCCCACUGUGGCCCACCCUCAUCACCCCCUUUUCCAACCUCGUUCACCUCAGCCUGGUCUUUCUGAAGCCUAAAUUACGGCUACUGCAAAGCAUCCCGCUCGAGUGUUUCCCUUCGCUGCGGUUGUUGAAUUUGAGCGAUAACGCGAUCACCGUCCUGACGGCCCUGACGGUGCCGCGCGAGGGGGCCGCCGAGCAGGGGAAUCGCGACGGGGAACCUCCCAACGGCGAGGAGGGUUCCGCGGCGAAUAAAGACACCCCCGGGGGUCAAUCCACCCCAUUUGUUGGCCCUUCCCUGAGGCGUCUGCUGCUGCCGAAUAAUUGUAUUGCGGAGAUGGCGGAGGUCAAGUGUUUGGCAGUUGCUUUUCCCGGGCUUGAAGUGCUCGACCUGGUGGAUAACCCGGUGGACACCCCUUCACACUUCGACAUCAUCUUUGAGCUUUUUCCCAAGCUUGUGGCGUUGAAUUCCAAGGACAAUGGGGGUUGCGAGGUGGUCGUGGAGGACUCGGAUGAAUCCUCAAACGAUGCAAUCAGUGGGGACUCUGAAGAGAGCUCGGAGGACGAUAGCAAUGACACUGAUGAAGAGGAAGAUGUUUCAAGUAAUGGGACCGGAUAUUCUGACGAUUCUCUUGAAGGAAAGCAUCCGCGUUUGGAAUAA